AGUGCGCAGACGCCGCUCCCGUCGGUAAAGACCCCCGUCAGUGACGUCACUGCGCCGGAAGCCUUCCGUUCCGUGUCCAUCGGUGGCGUCGCUCCGCAUACAAAGACAGGCCGCUACCAUCUUCCGUACAGCCGGGCGGAGAGCUCGGGCCCCGGGAAUGACACCGUUGUCUCCUCGGGCCUCCGCCGGGCGGAAAUGAGGCCAAGAUGUCGGUGUCUGGGCUGAAAGCCGAGCUGCGGCUACUCGAGUCUAUCUUCGGGAAAGAGCACGAGAGGUUCCGGAUCAUCAGCUGGAGACUGGACGAGCUGCACUGUGUGUUCAUCCAGAGCAGCGGGGGGGCCCUGACCAUCCACUGCAAUAUCACGGAAUCCUACCCUUCUUCUGCACCAAUAUGGUUUGUGGAUUCAGAUGACCCAAAUCUGACAUCCGUGUUGGAACGUUUAGAAGAAAUCAAGAAAAGCAACACGCUGCUCCUGCAGCAGCUGAAGCGUUUGAUUUGUGACCUGUGCAGAUUGUAUAAUCUCCCACAGCAUCCUGACGUUGAAAUGCUGGAUCAGCCUCUGCCUACAGGACAGAAUGGCACAACAGAGGAAGUUACAUCUGAAGAGGAAGAGGAGGAAGACAUGGGUGAGGAUAUCGAAGAUCUGGACCAUUACGACAUGAAGGAAGAAGAGCCAGUUGAUGGCAAGAAAUCAGAGGAUGAAGGCAUUGAAAAAGAAAACCUUGCCAUCUUAGAGAAGAUCCGAAAGAAUCAAAGGCAGGACCACCUUAAUGGUGCUGUUUCCGGGUCUGUACAAGCUUCUGAUCGUCUUAUGAAAGAGCUCAGGGAUAUAUACAGGUCACAGAGUUAUAAAACAGGAAUUUACUCCGUGGAGCUUGUAAAUGACAGUCUGUAUGAGUGGCACGUUAAGCUGUUAAAGGUUGAUCCAGACAGCCCAUUACAUAGUGACCUUCUGGUCUUAAAAGAAAAGGAGGGCAUAGACUGCAUUUUACUGAAUUUUUCCUUUAAGGAUAACUUUCCAUUUGACCCUCCAUUUGUGAGAGUGGUGUCACCUGUACUUUCUGGAGGGUAUGUGCUUGGUGGGGGUGCGCUGUGCAUGGAGCUGCUUACUAAACAGGGCUGGAGCAGUGCCUAUUCAAUAGAGUCUGUUAUCAUGCAAAUCAACGCUACCUUGGUUAAAGGGAAAGCACGUGUGCAAUUUGGAGCCAACAAGAAUCAGUAUAAUCUUGCUCGAGCACAGCAAUCCUACAAAUCGCUAGUACAGAUCCAUGAGAAAAACGGCUGGUACACUCCUCCAAAAGAAGAUGGGUAACUUGAACUCACCUUGGACCAAGAUUAAACAAACUUAUUUUCUAUUUCUUUCCAAAACAGAUCCAUUGAUGCCCUUUUGGUCCUCUGUACAGCAUAUGUUAGUUAUUAGAUAAAGAACUGUCAGACCUGUAUAUUAGACCACGUCUGCUUCUCUGGAUUCCAGAGCAGCUGCCUUUACUGAAGAGGCCACUCUAAAUAUUUUAACGCCCUAUUUAAAACAGAAGGUAUAGCUUAGUUACAUCCAUUCCACUUUUAUUAGACUAUUGUAAAUUGCUUUCACUUUUUUUUUUUUUUUUUUGUUCUUUGCAGACUGUUCUGCAAAAUAAACUGCUUUGUAUAGUUUCCUUAAAGCCAAACAAAUGUUUCUUACAUUGAAGAAUGCAGUUUUAAAACCUGGUUAAACAGCUGACUAGCUUUCCAACUAAAAUCCAUUGUUGGUGGACCUCUUGAAGCAUUGCCAAAUUUGUUGUUGGAGGGUAUAUGGUUUACAAAAGCCAUUAAAACAGAUUAUAUUAAUGAUAGGAACAGUGAGGCUAAGGUUUUGAAAUUCUUUAGGUUUCUGUUUAACCUCUACGGUUUGGUGAUUGAAAUUAAUAGCCAUGAUCUCGCAUACAAAGAAUAAUUUUUAAGAACAAUGUCUAGCAUUUUACAACUGCUUUUUAUUUUUCCGAUUGAGAAUGAAUGCUUUCAGGACAAUUUUAAAUGGGUACAUGUAAAAUACUGAUGUAUUUCCAUUUAUUUCAAGAACACUAUGAUAUUUGAUGUUGUAUAGAUAUGCUGGUCAUCUCCUUCCUUUCAGUUUCUGGUGGUCAGUGAUCCAAUCGAAGCCUCUUUAGCAUGGUCAUUAUUUCAAUAUUGUCCUUUUUUGUUGGACAAAACUUUCAGGCAGAAUAGAAAGAAAGAACUUUACUUUCAGUUCCUCCCUCCCUUCCCUUUUGCUAUUAGUGCUGGAUCUGAUUCUAACCCACGGGAGAGCAUCACUAUGAAGCUUGAAGUAAUUGAGUACUAAGCUUGUUUUCCUAGUGUUGCAUUUUUUUUUUAUUAACGGGUUGUUGCAAUUGUUCUAUGAACUAAUGAAAAUUGGCACAUAAGCAAGAAAUUAAAUGGGCAACUGUGUACAUUUUUGAAUAAAGAUAUGUCAUUCUGAAGAGCAGUCUUCAGGAUGACUUGAACCCCAAGCACAAUGAGCUUUCUAGACAUUGUGGACCUAGUAAUACUUCAUCAGCCCUGGUCUGGUUUCACUUUUUGUUAUUUUUGGUUUUUCCCUUAAACCUUGCCAAAUUUGUUUAGUCUGUAAGUAAACAUUACUUAUUGUUGUAUAGUAAGACUUUAAAGGUGAGGAUUGCUUGAUUUGAUGCUUUUUUUUUUUCUUUUUUUUUCUUUUUUAAUAGAGGUGAAUCUGUAGUUUAAGUGAGGAAACCUUUCUCUUAGACCUAGAACAAAUUAUUCAAUAAAAUAGUCACACACCCCACUCGCCCCAAUUGCAGCCUGUAGUAUUGCUCAUCAUAUCUCUGUGGUACUUUGCAGGACUUGACGUGAAGAAAUUCCACCCCUUAUAUAAAUGCUCCAUUAUUAUAUAUAUAUAUAUAUUUUACUUGCGGGCAUAUGUUUUAGAAGACCUUGUUUAACAUCUGCUUCAAUUAACCUUUUAAAAAAGGCAAAAUCCCGAAAACAAUCUGACUGAUAUUGACCUCUUAUAGGGUGUAGAAGGUUUGCUGACUUGGCAUGCUUUUUCGGUUUUGUUUUUAAUUUUUUUUUUUUUCCAUUGCAGACUUAUUUGGCAAUGUACAGUAAUCUGUAAACUUGCAUCAAGUUUAUGAUUAAACCAUUUUAAGAUAUAUCCUGUUGAUUGAGUUCUCAAUUAUUUCCCUCCUGCCUGUGUACAUUAGACAAUCCCUCAGUAUACAUCAAAUAAAAUAAUAGACUAUGAAA